CAACGAAUGGAUAUGGAUUAUGGGGGAGAAAGACAAAUGUUUCACUUCUUCAACAACCCGACUGCCACUGAUGCUCUCUGAAACAGAUGAGAUAAACCCAUGGCUUCGACUCCAAUCCUCUCCCACCAUUCCUUUACCACUCCAACCCUGCAAUUCUCCACUAAAUUCUACUCUAAAUUAACUCCAACUGGCUUCCCCUCUAAACCCACCUCUACAACUAUCAGACCCACCACUAAACUCUUCGUCUCCUCUCCAACCAACAAGCCUACCCUCAAGAUGCCUUCCAAGCCCACAGAGGAAACCAUCUUCUUCGAUGGUGGAGCUCACUAUGGAGAUCUCGUCGCUAACCUCCUUCUGGGUUUCACUCUUCUCUGGUUGCCUUUGACUUUAGCGGCGGUUUCAAGGGCUUUCUUUCUGAGAUACAGGUUCACCAAUUUGAGAGUCACAGUUAUUUCAGGUCUAACUGGCCAAGACCGGAGUGAUUUUUCUUACAAAGUGAUAAAGGACGUUCAAGUGGUUCCACGUUUUAUUGGAGAAUGGGGUGAUAUUAUUAUUACUCUGAAAGAUGGGACGAAGGUGGACCUUAGAAGUGUACCCAAAUUUAGGGAAAUUGCAGAUUACUGCCUUUCCAUGGCUGGUAAAUCUCCGGUUAUGGAGGUGAAUGAAGCUACACCUAGAGGAUUUUGAUUCAUUUGGUCAUGGAAACAUCCUCUUUGAGAGUAAUGUGAUUAUGUGAUUUAUUUUUUCUAAACCCCUGUUCUUAUUUUCUUUUCUUUUGGGCUUAAUUAAGCGAAAAUGGGGAAUGGGAAGUGUAGAUUUUCUUGCUACCAUAUUAAUUAUAUCACAUUUGUUUGCAAUAUAAGUUGAUCUUUGUGGUU